AUCAUUGUCACCUGUUGAGGUCAGAUACCGUGUACCACACUAUAAAGGAGACUGGGCGCGCUAUAUGUGUCUAUAUAUGUCUAUACGCGCUAUACAUGCCAUUGCUCUACUAUUGCCCUAAUGUCUUUCCAAUCCAUGAAGUGAUAAUAUGGCCAGGGCAUUGGCAGCAGCUUUCACGGAUAACAUUUUGACAUGUAGCAUCUGUCUGGAAGAGUAUCAGGACCCCCGAAUGCUGCCAUGCUACCAUACAUUUUGCCUUGUUUGUAUAUCUGACCACGCAAAGAGAACCAUCACUAGGAACAGGACAUUUCAGUGCCCUGUUUGCCGAGAAGAUGUCCAGUUUCCAGCCGGUGGACUUUCUAAAUUCAAAAAGAAUUUUGCUUUUUGCAAGGCCAAGGACAUAAUAAAUCAGCGACAAACAGAAAGAGAGGCAUCAGAAAAUGUACAGACUAAUGUACAAGCAGUGACACAGACCGUUGCUCAAUUGACCAACGGUUGUGAAAAGCAUCCUGGUAAUGAACUGAAAUUCUACUGUGAAGAAGAUUAUACCGUUGUUUGUGGUGACUGUGCAUUAGCAGAUCAUUACAGGCAUGGUAUUUUACCUGUAGAAAAAGUUGCAAAAAGCAAUAGAGAAACAAUUGAAACUAACCUUGUUAAAACGCUGGCAAAAGUUAACGUAUUCAAAGAGGCAGUCGCCAAGGAAACAACCAUAGAAUAUGAGGACUCUCUUAUCAGGACAGCCACUACCAACAUCAUUGAAAAGCAAGCACAGCUUAUCUGUACAUUAAUAAAUGAGAGGAAAGAUGCACUGAUAUCAGAAGUGAAUUCUGCUUAUGAUGAUAGAAAGAAGCAGAGCGAGGCAAGCAAGGACUUCCUUGAACUCCAUCAGGCCUCCUUGCAGAGUGCCUGUGACUUUACCCAACAACUUGUCGGACAUGGCACUGACUUUGAUAUCAUGGUUCAUACAAAAACUUUGGCCGAGAGAUUGAUAUCAAUGGAGAACACACCACUCCCAACACCAGACUCUCCUGCACAGAUAUCUUACAGUCCAGGUAAAAUAUCUAUUGCCGGACUAGAAGCCAUGUUAGGUCAGGUGACAGCACCAAAACUUCCCGUUUUUUUAGAGAAGGCAGAAUGUGUACAUUCCUUCACUGCUAAACUGAAAUAUGAUAAGGAAAAUGUUAUCAUAUGGGGGUUAGCCACAGAUGAGCAAUAUAUAUAUGCUACGGGUUAUAGAAAUGACAAAACAAAAGUAUUCACCCAUGCAGGUCAGUUCAUGUUUGACAUAAAAAUAAAGACACCUUUUGAUGUGGCUGUGUCACAGACUGGUCACAUGUACAUAACAUCAAUGGGUGACAGAUGCGUCAAAGUGUACUCCACCAAAGGUAAACAGGUGACAACCAUGGGUCAGGGUCAACUGGAGCAGCCAAGUUGCAUCACACUGAAUAGACAAGGUCAUGUGAUGGUUUUUGAUGUGAAAAAAGAAUCCAUCCUCACAUUCCACGCAGGCAGUGGACAUCUCCUGAACACUAUUCGACUCACUAUGUGUGAAUACCCCACUUUCAUCACAGUGAACAGGGCAAAUAAUAACAUUGUGAUAUCAGACUUGGGCAACUGUGUACAUGUGCUGUCACCUACUGGUGAUCAGUUGUACAAGUAUGGUACAGAAGGCAGUGGUGUUGGCCAGCUGAGUGGUCCUAGUGGAGUGUGCACAGACAGCUAUGGCCACAUCUUCAUAGCUGAUGGUCGUAAUAAUAGGGUUGUAGCACUAAGUCCGCAAGGACAAUUUAUCAAAUACGUUGCCACUGAGGAUGAUGGGUUGAAAUAUCCCAUAGCAUUAACUAUUAACCCUGCUGGUCUGCUGGUGGUGGCAGAGAGAAGGGGUAUAGUUAAGACAUUCCUGUACUUACAAUAGAUACAAUUCACACAAAA